AUGCCUGCUUCUGUUGAUGUCAUUGCUGAUAGUGACAGCGAUGUGGCUGAAGUUGUGGACAUCACUGUUGAUAGCAUCUUGGUUUGCAUUGUCGCUGAAGUGAAUCUUCCAGCUGGGGUUCCCCCGCUGAGUUUCCAUGGGUACCGCCGUGGCCGAGAACUAGGCCAAGGAGGAUCUAGCCAAGUUUUUGUUUGCAGCAAAACAGGCAGCCAAGUUGGUUUUGCUGCCAAAGCUGUCAAUCUGCGUCGGCUACAGAUGAGUCCAGACGUGGAGAGGGAGUGGAAGAAGUUAUGUCGUGAGGUUGAGAUUUGGAAGCAGCUGCCCGCACAUCCAAAUAUCGUCCAGCUGGUUGAUUCCUUCCAAGAAGGAGGCUGGUUCUUGAUGGUUUUGGAGCUGGUUGGUGGAGGCGACCUGUUCACCGUUUUGACAUCGCGGCCAUCGUCAAGGUUCCUGGAUCGAGAAGCGGCCUUUGUUGGCGGUCAGUUGGCUCAAGGCCUUGCCUUCCUUCAUGGCCGAGGUGUUGUCCAUAGAGAUGUGAAACUGGAGAAUGUGCUUGUGGCCUCCCAAAGACGAGCGUACACAAGCGGUCCCAUUCUUUAUAGCGUUAAGAUUACUGACUUUGGACUUUCUCGUCUGCUGGAUACUGCUUCUGUUGCACAGUCAACUGUCGGGACUCACCCGUACUGCGCGCCGGAGGUGUUGGGAGUGGCAUCACCUGGAGUCUGGACACCCUUUGCAGUGGAGGUGGCGCUCAAACUCAGUGACGUGCAACCGCCUGUGGAAUUGCAGCCGGACUACAUGCAGGUUCACCUUGUGAUUCCAGAUCGCUUUGCCGGCUUCAUCCUGGGAAAGAAUGGAUCCCGAAUCCAGAAGACAGCGUCAAAGAGCGGAUGCAAGGUGUGGAUGACGAAAAGAAAUGGUUCACAGGAUCGCCGUGUAAUUGUGAUUGGGAAUUACAAGCAGUGCAAGGUUGCUCAGCAGAUUGUCCAUGAGCAAUUGUCGACUGCCAUGCAGGUCGAUUGGCAGGAUGCGCAAGCUGACGUCAUUGUGUUUGUAAGAUCUGAAGCGGCCGGAAUGGUGACAGGCAAGCAAGGCUUUGUUCUGAAUCAGAUCCGGAAGCAGUCGGGAGCACAAGUCCAGCUGCUGCGAGAUGAGGCGGGCUGCACCAGUGGUGCGCCCUGCAGACUCCUCGCAUGGGGCCAUUCGGUGACGAUGUGGCUUGAACAGUGCAGCACACCGCGACAAGGGAAGCCAAGUUUGCCGAGAAACCUUUGGGGUAUAGGGCUCAAUCCAGCGGCCAGUCCUUUGAUUUUGCAACCGUGCCCGCCUACGACGCCUUCAGAUCAAGGGCCAGCUGCCCAAGUCCAAGCUCAGAUGGGAGAUGCCGCAAACCAUGAUCUUUCUGCCAACCAAGCACUGCGUCGCCAACUGGAGGAGGCGACCACAAGAGCGGAGAGAGGAGCUCUCGAAGCUCAAAGCCCAACGACUUCAGCCAUGACUUCAACCAUGUCACCCCACUUGCAGGAGAGUCCUGCAGUGGACAUGGCGGAUGCAGUGCAAGUGGGCAGCGCAAGUGGUGACACCAGUGGCGUUUUGGCGCCACUCUCGACAGUCCCCGGAGCUGAGCGGGUGAAGCUGACGGCGGGCUUGUCACCACGGCCAAGACCUUCUGAGGCCAUCGAGCGUGAAGUGGAGCUGCUGGAGACCUUUGCUGAGGCAGCAAAGCGAAGCACUUGGAACCCGGAUUGGCAAACACUGGGAAAUCAGUGGAAUCCACGCCAUCAGCUUGCGUAUAAUAACGAUGAGAUGAGCCAAAACUGCCGGUGCUACUUUGAUAGAUGGCUUGACCAUAGAGAACUGCUGCCUCCAGAUGCCAACCUCCAAGUUCAGAAGCCAACUUGGCGUUUGGAGCCUGAUCCAAUUCCAGCUGAGCAGAGAGAAGCUGAGAGGUUGGCAAGUUCGGUCUACUCUCCCACCGGCCCUGGUUUGCGAGGAUCGCCAAAAAGUGGAGAAGAGAUAGGACAGGAGAAGUCGAUCACAUCGAUGUCAGGAGAGAAUGUGAUCAAGAGGCGCUCAAUGCGAUUGUCGCGGGACAAGCCCUGGAUGACGCAACCAGCCAGAUUCUGGCAGCUGCUACAGCCAGAGGAGACCGCGGAAUCCAUGGUGUCAACUAUGACACAGACGGAUUUCCCCCAAGUCCUCCAGCCAAAUGAAGCCAGGGAGCAAGGAUGGAAUAGCCACCAUGACGUUGUUUGGAGUAACUUCCAGAAUUUGCAGGGUGUCAUUCUGAACCCGGCUCCUGUUCGGUCGUACUUCGAUCGACCUCGCGAACCAGAUAUUGGUGCGCGAAGUGCUGAAAAGAAGCCCGAAGUGAGGAGAAGUGGAGAUGGACGAGAUGGCGUUGUGCGCAUUUUGCCACUGUGGCGGUUGGAGCCUUUACCGGGUGUCUCGAACGUUGAGAGCCCGAAGGACAACCUUUGGCCUCCGAUCCCUCGAUUGCCUCCCCGAUCUGGAAGUCCUCUUCGUCCACGUGAGGAAAUCCUAGGCCCACAGUGCCUUGUCUUGUGCUUUGUAUAUGGUUUAUGGAUGUGUGCACAAGAGCCCGUGGAUGUCAUGCGCAAGUGGGCUUUGUGCAUGGAAGAUUGA